AUGUCCUUUAACUUUAAUAUAGAAGAGUAUGAUUCUAAUCCUUAGAUCUUAGCUUCACCUAAAGGACCAUAAAUUUCUUUAAAAAAUACUUUUGGAAUCAAUAAACCUGAUUCUUAGGUUUGCUCCCUCUAUUCAGAAGGAGAUGAAGCAAUGAAAAACAGCCUAAAAUAAAAUCAAUAAUAAUAAUUCAUAAUUUAAAAUUCUGAUACAUAACUCGCUGUGAAAAAAUCUAGAACUCACUUAAAUCCAUUAUAAUAAUUACAUCAGUUGGCUGCUAAAAAUAUACUUGUUAAACAGUUUACAUAGAAUCUUUUUAUGAAAUCUUACAUAUUAUCUAAGGAUUACUAGUAAAACUAUAUUUAUAAUAAUUAGUGACAAAAUAAUGCAAUUUGAAUAAUUCCUUUCGAAUAAAAAUCUUGAUAAUUUUCAGGAUAAAUCUUAAAAUUCGAUUAUCCCCGUGUUUGAAGCUUUUAGCAUUUAGAUGAAAAUAUGGGAUGCUUUAAUGAUAAUACAAUAUUUAUUAUAAUUGUGGUUCCUGCCCUUCAGUAUAAGUUUUUAUAGAUUAAAUUAUGAUAUCAGUUUAUUAAAAGAGAUUUUAUCAAUAAUAACAUUAAUUAAUAUUGCGAUAACUUUUAACAGAAAGAUUUUUCAUAAAGGAGAGUAUAUUGUAAACAGAUAGAAGAUUUUUAGAUAAUAUAUAAAAUCCAGUUUAAUGGGAGAUUUAAUUUAAUUUAUAACUUGGAUAAGCCUGAUAUUCUUAAAUUAAAAAUUAGAAGAUUAAAUCUAUAUGAUUAUUUUGGGAAUUUUUUUAGUUUUCUCCUGUAUAUAUUCUCUUUUGCGAAAAACAGAGUAUUAUAUAGAUAGUUAUUAUAAUAAAGGAAAUCUUAGUAAUUUUUUAGAUUUAUUUAUUCUUAUUAUUUAAAUUUACUAUGUAGCACAUUACAUGGCAUGUAUUUGGCAUUUAGUGGGAGAUAUUGGUAUUUAUUUUGAAGAAUCUACUUGGUUGACAGAAUAUGGUUUCAUAAAUGAAUCUAUUAGUGUAAAAUAUAAUUAUUCUUUUUAUUGGGCAACUAUGACAAUGGUGACAGUAGGAUAUGGCGACAUAACAGCUCGAAAUAAAUAUGAAAUAUUGACAUCAAAUGUUAUGAUGAUUUUUUCAAGUUGUAUAUUUGCCUAUUCAAUGAAUUCAAUAGGAAUUAUAUUGAAAAGCAUUAAUGAUAGUAAAUUAAACUAUAGGUAAAUUUUUAUUAGUAAAAAUAGGAGAAACAUGACAUGUAUCAAUAGUUAUAUGUAGCAAAAUUAAGUAGAUUAAGCUAUAUAAGAAAAAGUUAGAAAUUAUGUUAAGUAUUUACAUUAGAAAGAAUAGGAUUCUUUGGAAGAUUCAGAAAAUUCUCUUAAAUAUUUACCAAAAGGAUUAAAAGCAGAAGUGAAAAGGGAUAUUGCAUAAAAGUUAAUUUAAAAAAUAAAAAUCCUGUAAUAAAAUUUUUCUCAUUCUACUCUUAAUAUGUUGAUCCAUCAUUUAAAAAUUUAAAAUUUCACACCAGGUGAAUAUAUUUAUCAUUAAAAUGAACAAUAGCAUUUCCUUUAUUAUAUUAAUUCUGGAUAGGUAUAAAUUAAUGAAGAAUAAUCAUAAACUUAAAUUCAAGUUCUGAAAUCAAAUAGUACUUUCAAUGAAUACUCUUUUUUUACUGAGUAAUCAACAAAAACUAAUGCUUAGAGUUUAGGAUUUACAUAAAUAAUAAAAAUAAAUAGAAAAACCUUUUUAAAAAUAUUGAAAGAUAAUUAAAAAGAUUUAGAAUAAUUUUAUAAUAUAAAAGAUACAAUAUUAUUAUAUAAUGAUUAUUCACACUUUUUAAAAAAAUGUAACUUUUGUGGUUUCCUAAAACAUGAGAGUAUAGAUUGUCCUCUCAUAACAUAUUAACCUAAUAAGUUAAAAUGUAUUAAAAAAUAGUAUAAUGGAUCUUAAAAUUAAGAAAGAAAAUAUUUCAAGAGACAUUAUCAUUAUGUUCCAUCAAGAACAAGAUUUAUUGAAAUAAAAAAUACUAUAUCAUAUGUGAGAGAUAAUUAUUUUUCGGAUUAAAUUUUGGAUGAAAAAAAUGUUGAUAAAAUUCCAGGAAAAUAAAAUAAAGAGGAUCCAAUAUCUGAUUCUCCAAAUAAUGAAUUAUUAUCACUUGAAAAAAACAUUAAAGAUGAUGUAGAGCAUAUCCCUUAGAAGGCUUCUAAAAUUAGGAUAGGAAGCAUUUCUGUAGAAGGAAAUAAUAUGAUAGUUUUAAGAGCAAGCAAACUCUAGAAUAUUUAAUAAGUUAAUACUGAAUAUAAAAGUUAUGCACAAAAUUAAUUGGACUAAUUUCUUUAAGUAGGCAAUGAAAUUAAAAUGGAUUCAUAUUUUAAUUAUCAAAAAUACAUGAGACAUAACAAUUUGAUAUACAUCAUAAAUAGUUUAAAGAAAUUUAGACGAAAAAUAAGAAUUAGUUAAAAAAAAAUUAAAAUUAUUGAAUCAAAUAAAGUAAGUGAAAAACCUUGA